GUCAUGAAUCAGACAAAGGAAGAAGAGAGAAGCGUCUGGGACAGUUUCAGCUGCUGCAUGUAAACAGUCUGCGGUUUUUACCGCAGCUUUGACGCGGUUUCUAAACUCUUAACGCUUUCCACAACCGUACCAGGGGACCCCAGACCCGGAGGAUGGACUGAAACUGGAGACGCACCAUGUCCAUGGAAGACCCGUUCUUCGUUGUUAAAGGGGAGGUGCAGAAGGCUGUGAAUGCAGCUCAGGGCCUUCACCACAGAUGGAGGGAGCUGCUGCAGGGCGGGAGCGGAGCCUCCAAAGAGGAGUUGGACUGGACGACUAAUGAACUCCGGAACAGCCUGCGCUCCAUUGAGUGGGACCUAGAGGACCUGGAUGAGACUGUCAGCAUAGUAGAGUCAAACCCAAAGAAGUUUAAUCUGGAUGCAGCGGAGCUGUCAAAGAGGAAGGCCUUCAUCACCAGCACCAGACAUAUGGUCAGGGAGAUGAAGGAGCAGAUGUCGUCUCCAGGAACGGCUUCCUUGGACGGGAAGAGCAAACAGGCUUUGCUCGGUGAGCGUGGAGCUCAAGGACGCAUAUGGCAGCCCGGUUCAGACAAAUACCGCCGUCUUGACCAUCAGCUGCAGAGCGCCAACAGUCAGUUCAUUGAGGAGGCACAGGUGCAGCAGCAGCUGAUCGCAGAGCAGCAGGACGAACAGCUGGAACUGGUGUCUGGGUCCAUCAACGUUCUCAAGAACAUGUCUGAAAGAAUCGGCGUGGAGCUGGACGAACAGGCUGAAAUGCUGGAUGAUUUCAGCCAUGAGAUGGACAACACACAUUCAAGACUGGACAAUGUCAUGAAGAAACUGGCCAAGGUGUCACAUAUGACCAGUGAUCGCAGACAGUGGUGCGCCAUUGGCAUUCUGCUUGCUAUUCUUCUGGUUGUCGUCCUCCUCUUCUUCAUCCUUUGAGAAAAAACUCCAAGUCUUAUGUUUUCUACUUGACUGGCCCGGGUGUUGCUGUACCGGACCGGACUGAGCGUGACUGAAAGCUGUAAAAGGAUUCAUGUAUCGUGGUCCGUCAUAACCAGGAAGUGUUCAUUUUCCUCAUUUUAGCAGUCUAACUGAGAAUUAAAUGUAACAAAGUCAACUGUAACAUGUUCAUAAAUGCUGACAAAUACUUGUUACUUCAGAAAAAAAGCACAGCCCAGUUUUCAAGAAUGACCUGGUUUGGAGUUUCAGUAGCUUUGUUGGGUGGGCUAAUCUGACCCGUUGACACUACCUUUCCUUGUAUCGUGGUUUUGCUUAGACGUUGUUUGUAGCACUUUGUUUUUAAGUUGUUCUUCAAUACAUGACAAAAAAGUGUUUAUUUGGUCAUCUUUUUCAUUUUGUAACCCUUUUUCCAGUACUGACAACAAAAUGCGACAACACUUUGUGUCCCUUUGUAUCCUUCUUUGUUUUUCAAUUUAAAACAUGUCAU